AUGAGUAACACAUUAGAAGUAUAUCAUUCCACUGCAUUUGAUGGAUUAUUAUCAUUAAUACCUGCAAAGUAUUUCUAUGAUGAUGCAACACAAGAUCAAUGGCAACAGAAGAAGAAAUCAAAGGAAGAAUCAAAACGUAAUAAGAAGGCAAAAUUUAAUCAAUCCGUUAAAUCAAAUGCUGAUGAAUACUUAAAUUCUUAUGCAACUGCAAAAGAUGUAAUGGAAAAUAAAUCAAGACAAGCUCAAGAAAAGAAAGAACAAGCUGAAGCUGAGGAAGACGAAGAAAGUGAAGAGAAAAUUGAUAAAGAGGAAAUUGAAGAACCCGUAAAAGUCGGCAAUAAUGGAAUCACUGAAGAUUCUGAGGAAGAUGAUUUUCAUUUGAAUAAUAAUAAUAAUUUAAUAUUUGACGAUGAUGGAAAUGAAAUAGAAGUUGAAGAAGAAGAAACUACCACCAAGCCACCAAAGGAUAAGAAAAACCAAAAAGCAAGUAAAGUAAUAUCAGAAGAAGAAGCUAAAAAGAAACAAGAAAAUUUGGCAAAACUAAAGGAAAGAUUAGAGCAAAAAAUCAAUAGUAUGCGAGAGAAAAGAAAAGCAAUAGGAACUAAAGCAGCUGGAGCUCCAAGUUCAAGAGAACAAAUAUUAAACGAACGUAAAAGAAAAGCAGAAUUAACAAAACAACAAAAGAGAAAACAUGAAGAAAUGGAAGAUGAGGAAGAGGAAGAGGAAGAAGAAAAUGAUUCAGAUAAAUCAGAUAACUCAGAUGAUGAAGAUAAUGAAGAUAAAUCAGUAUUAUUUGGUAAUAUAACAUUUCUGGAUGGCUCUCAACUUACAUCAAAUUUAUCAUCAAUACGUAAAUCAGCAGACAAGAGAAAACAAAAUGGUCCAUCAAAUAAUGAUAUAAAAGCUCAUUUAACAAAACUAGAGAAAAAGAAACAAAAAUUAGAUUCAAUGACACCUGAGGAAAGAAAUAAACAAACCGAAAAGGAUAAAUGGCAAAGAGUAAUAUCACAAGCUGAAGGUAUAAAAGUGAAAGACAAUGAAAAAUUAUUGAAAAAAGCACUUAAGAGAAAGGAAAAGAAAAAACUCAAGAGUGAAAUUGAAUGGAGAGAUAGAAAACAAGUUGUUAAAGAUACUGUUGCUGCAAGAGCUAAAAGAAGAGAAGAAAAUUUGUUAGCUAGAAAAAAUAGUAAAGGUAUGAAAAGGAAAGAUAAACCAAAAUUAAGAAAGUUCACUGGUAUUCUUGAUAAAAAGAAAAAUUCAUCAUCACAGAAUAAAAAAAAGAGAGCAGGAUUUGAAGGAAGUGUCAAAUCAAAAGCAAAAAGAUAG